CUCUUCAAUACUCCCACCUUCUCCACGUGCUUCUUUCUUUUAGGAACAUCAAAAUGCCACCGAAAGCAAAGACUGUCAAGAAGGUGGUUAGGACGACCAAAUCGAAAAAGGUAGCACCUGCUCCUUACAUUGCAAAGGAAGAGAAGGUCAAGAAGAAGAAGUCAAAGAAUCCUCUUAUUGAGAAAAGGACACGCAACUAUGGCAUUGGUGGUCAUAUUCAGCCAAAGCGUGACCUCACUCGGUUUGUCAAGUGGCCACGUUAUGUUCGUAUCCAGAGACAAAGACGUAUUUUGUAUCAGCGAUUGAAAGUCCCUCCGACCAUCAACCAAUUCACGUACACACUGGAGAAACCAACUGUUACUCAGCUGUUUAAAUUUUUUCACAAGUAUCGUCCAGAGUCAAAGGCUCAAAAACGCGAGAGAUUGCGCAAUCUUGCAAAGACAAAGGCUAAAGGCGGUCAGCUACCGGCUGUCAAGAAGAUCAUUGCUGUGAAAUAUGGGAUCCAUAACAUCACCCGACUGAUAGAACAGAAGAAAGCAAUCCUGGUAGCCAUUGCUCAUGAUGUGGACCCAAUUGAACUUGUAGUUUGGUUGCCUGCUUUGUGUAGAAGAAUGAACGUUCCUUACUGUAUAGUCAAGAGCAAAUCAAGGUUGGGCAGAAUUGUUCACAAGAAGACAGCAACUGCUGUAGCACUAGCUCAAAUUAAACCUGAAGACAAGAGCUCUUUUAACAAUCUUGUUGAAUCCAUCAGGAAUAAUUACAAUGAUCGUUUUGAUGAGAUAAGGAGGAGAUGGGGCGGGGGCAUUGUUGGUUCCAAAGCUCAGGCAGUGCGGGCUAAGAUUGAGAAGGCAAAGGCUAAAGAACUGGCGUCUAAAAUGGGAAUGUAGAGAGACUGUCCUUGUUCUGAAAAUAAUUUCUAAAAUUAUGAUAAUGAAUAUUAUUGAUCUGUUAAUAAAUGUUGAAAAACACUGCA